AUGAACAUUGCGAUUCUUAUUACCGGCAGCAGAGGAGAUGUCCAGCCAUUUAUCGCUUUGGGAAACGUUCUACAAAAAUCUCCAUACAAUCACCGCGUCAGGAUCUGUACACACCCAAAUUUCAAGGACUUCGUUACAGACAAUGGACUCGAGUUCUACUCAAUUGGUGGUGAUCCUGAGAAGCUCAUGUCUUACAUGGUUCGCAAUCCUGGUGUGAUACCCAGUUUCGAGUCUAUGAAGGCUGGUGACGUUGGCGAUCGCCGCGAAGAAAUUGCAGAGAUGCUGGAAGGCUGCUGGCGAGCAUGUACACAGGCUGGCAAUGGCAUGGAUCCAAUCAAGUUGCCAGAAACGAGCAAGAUUAGCUCGGAAACAAUCAUGAAAUUACCGGAUCCUUUCGUCGCGGAUGCUAUCAUAAGCAACCCCCCUGCCUAUGCCAAUAUUCAUAUCGCAGAGAAGCUCGCCGUGCCCCUCCAUAUGGUUUUUACGAUGCCGUGGAGUCCUACUACUGCCUUCGCUCAUCCUCUGGCAAAUUUGGACACUAAUAAAGGAGACCGAAAACUCGCAAAUUACCUUUCGUACUACAGUAUGGAACUACUCACAUCCGAGGGCUUAAUCGACCUGAUUAACGACUUCCGAGAGAACACACUGGCACUGGAUCCUCUGCAUGCUGCGUGGGCGCAUCAAUUGCUGCCUCAACUCAAGGUGCCAUUCACAUACUGCUGGUCACCCGCACUUAUUCCUAAACCAGAAGACUGGGGUUCACACAUCACCAUUAGCGGCUUCUUAUUUAUGGAUCCCAAGAAGGACUUUGAGUUCGACGCUGAUUUGAAGGAGUUCUUGGAUGCUGGCGAACCACCGGUUUACAUCGGUUUCGGCUCAAUUGUCGUUGAUGAUCCAGAGGCUAUGACAAAGAUGAUUCUAGACGCUGUUAAGCAGCUUGGAAUAAGAGCGUUAGUCUCCAAAGGCUGGGGUGGCAUCGGAGGUGAAGAUGUACCGGAUAACGUGUUCCUCCUCGGCAAUGUACCACACGACCAACUCUUCCCGCACUGUUCUGCAGUAGUACAUCAUGGAGGUGCCGGAACAAACGCCAUUGGUAUAUCGCUAGGAUGCCCGACUGUCGUAGUGCCUUUCUUCGGCGACCAACCAUGGUGGGGAGAGAUGAUCCACAGAGCCGGCGCGGGCCCUUCACCCAUACCUUACAAGGAUCUGGAUGCCGACAAAUUGGCGAAUCAAAUCAGAGAAGCACUCAAACCUGAGACAAAGGAGCGUGCCAAAGAGCUCGCCGCUCGGAUCAAGGAGGAAACUGGUGCGAAGACCGCCGCCAAAUUCUUCCAUGAGACGCAACAGAUGCAAGAUACCGGAUGUUUCUUGUGUCCAGACCAAGUAGCGGUAUACCGUGUCAGAAGGACCAACAUCAGACUCAGCGCUCUGGCAACUGGAAUCUUGGUCGACCAUGGUAUCCUUCACCCUCAGCAUCUUAAGCUCAUAAGGAAGAAGCGUUGGUAUGUCGAAAAGGGUGCUCAAGAGCCUGUAAUCGGUAUCCUUGGUGCUAUUGGUACAACCGGAGUCGGCUACAAGAACUGUUUCAGCCGUCUGGGCAAAGACCUACACGCCAACAAAGCAGAAAAAUCACCAUCUCACGUCAUGGUCGGCGAUGCAGAAGCCGCUGGCGAGGUUCCAGGUGCUCUGAAGGCUGUUGCAAAGUUCACUGGAUCUAUGGGCUUGAAUACUCUCAGAUUUCCCGUGGAUUUGCUCUACAAUGUCGCGAACGGAUGUCAUAACCUUCCGUGGCACUUUUUCAACGACGACACCGUCCGCGUUCGUGGUGAGAUCAGUGGUGUGAUGUCGGGAACAAAGGUUGGAUUCCAAGAGCUGGUCUUUGGCUUCUACGACGCCUUCACUGGCGUAGUAACCCAACCCGUCCGUGGUUACAAGAAGCACAGCAGCGAAGGAGUCGGAGCAGGAGCAUGGGGAGCCACAAAGGGAGUCGGCAAAGGCCUAGUCGGCCUGGUCAGCAAAAGCUCAGCCGCCGCUCUAGGCGUCCCCGGCUACGGCUUCAAAGGACUCGAGCGCUCCGUACGCAACGGCUGGAAAACAAACGACACACCCAACGAGAACAGUUUGGCUUUACUCAACGCACUCAGAGGACAAGGCCAACGCUCAGGAGACGAACAACUCGGCAACGCAGCAUUAUCCAUGGUCAGCCAAGCCCAAGGCAACAGUAUCAGAAAACAACUCAGAGGCAGAAGAGGAUGGCAAUGCUUCAUGGAUCUACAACAUCUUCGUCAGAACCCCGACAAAGCUGCCGCUCAGGAGGAAGAAGUGCUGCGUCGCUGGGACGAACUCAAAGUCCCGAAAGAAUUUACUCGACUUGAGGAGUAA